GUUUUCUCAUGACCCGGCUCAUAUACUGUAUAAAGCUCCUUAUUAACGGUCUAAUCCAAAAUCGUUAAAGUUGAGUUUAAAAUACAUGCAUUUACAGUCGAAGCUUAACUUUUAUGAACUGAAAUGUUUUUAGUAUAUAUUGCAUAUUAUUAAGGACGCUCUAAAUAUUUGAUUUACUACUUUAAAAAGUAGGUAAAAUGUACAGUCGUUGCUAAAAUAACUAUACAAUAUUUACAACAACUGGCUAACGAUAUCGAUCAAACUGUAAACAUUUGAAAUCAGUGCAACCUAUACUAAUCAACUGUAUGUACAAGGUUGAAUUUUAUAGACAAUUUAAUAUUAGGAAUUAAAUAAGCACUUAAGUCUUAAAGACAUUCGUAAGAGAGGCAUAUAUACAGACUAACUGACUUACAAUGGGUCAUGGUGAUGGAAGUGGAGAGGCUGGAGGACAAGGUCAAGGUCAUGGUCAUGGUCGAGGAGACAAGGGUUUUUUAGCAGGAGCAUGCUGUAUUAUUAUCAUAGUGGUGCUUCUUGUACUGUCCAUAUUUGGACUUAACAUUGCAAAAAUCGUCAUGGGAGCUGCAUACGUUAAUGAUUGUCCAGUUGAAAAAUUGAUUCCUAUCUACCUAAUUGUAUCGGGAUGUUCGUCAGUACUGAUGGGAGGUUUGAGCAAUUUAAAGAAAAAAGACGACGAUAUAGAAGAGGAUGGUAUCAAGGGCAAAUGCAACGUUUUGACUAUAAUUGGGACAAUUGGGUUACUGUUUAAUUUUGUCUGGCUUAUAUGUGGUAGUGUAUGGGUUUUUGGGAACUACUCGGAUGUUAUCGAUGGCUGUGGCGUUUCGAAUGACUGUUGUGAUACGUCCCUAAUAAAGUUCGCUCUUGCGGUGACAAUUAUAGACUGGAUAUUUAUAGGUCUGAUCUUAGUAGCUAUUUGCUGCCUUUGUGGAGCUAUAUGCUGCGGAAUGUUUUGCUGCAAGACGAAAGUAGGCGAAUAAAUAAAAUUGAAAAUUCCUAGGACGAGGAUGUCAUCUGCAUAUACCUGUAAUUUGAUAUAACAUGCAGUACUUAUAAAAUUGUACUAAUUACAUGCAAUGUAGAUGCAGCUCCUAAUUCAAAAGAUUUGCAGUGUAUUGAACAUUUAUAAACAAGAAUGGCUAGGAUAUAAAUCCACUGGAUGCAAAUGUGGAUUGAAAAAAAGCAGCAAGCCAAAACAGCAACUCGGGAGCUGAAUAUUCUCAUCCGAAAUUACAACUAGGUGUAGUGACAGCACGUACAAUAAAGAAGAAAUAAACUAAAAACGAUCAUUGUCUUUUAAGCACGUCCUUUAUAGAUUCAUUUAACAUAUCGCAUCCUUACAUACAUAACUUGGGCAGGUUUACUGGUAUUUGUGCACUUUUUUUACUAUUUACAGAAUUGAAUAUUAUUGUUCCUUCUCUUGAGAUUGUCACUUAACACUUGAUUGAGCAGGUAAUGGAUACAAGGGUACUGUCAAAGGCAUCCGAUUACCAGUAGGACGCCGCCAUCUUGGACACAUGCAUAUUCAUUUCGAAUAAUUACGACAAUGUGCGUUUAUGCGUCUUUAAGUCAAUCUAUUGUGAAAUGCAUGUUAUUAACAACAGGCCGACAAGAAAUUAUAUUUCAUAUAGGGUAUCAAUCCGUGCAUUGAAUAUUUAAUAAUGUAGACUACAGAUUAAUAUAAUUAAUGUGCAUGAUCUUUCUCGCUAAUUCUUCACAUAAUGAAAUAUCGCUGGUCAUGUGAUAUUUAUUAUCUUCAGUUAAAACAUUGUCAUGACGCCACUCCUUUGUUCUCGCUGUACUGUAUUUUUAAUAUUGGACUGCUUUCAAUGGGACUUAGUUCAGUAUUUUCCACGUGGAGUCCAAUAUUAUUUUAAUAUUGGACUGUGUAUUUAAUAUUGGACUGCACGAGGAAAACGAUUUAUAUACAAAAUCAAUGUCUUCGUGUAGUCCAAUAUUUAUCAAUAUUUAUCAAUACAUGUAGCGUAAUUCCAUAUAGAAAUAUUGUAAUCAAAUGAAAGCAGUCCAAUAAAAUAACACAGUACUGAUAAUAAAAGGGAAAAUUAAUAUCAAAAUUAAAUUUUAUGUAUAGAUCUAGAUGCAAAAUUUUAAAAAUAGCAUUAUACAUAUAUGUAUUCUGCAUGCGUCAACGUAGUCUUACUCCUUAAAGGACGUUUUCCUAGAGCAAUAAUUUCUUCCAGUUUUAAAAAUUGUGCAAGAAUUUAUUGCUCUCUAUUGAAAAAGCAGUUUUAUAAGACCAAUCAUGAUAGUUCUUUUAGGCCGUACUGUCAACAGCCUUUAUGAUUUUGUUAAGUUUAAAUGAAAUGUCAUCAAUACUUUUCAAGUAAUGCUCCGGAAAAAGCCUUAUUUUGUAUAAUAAAGGGAGAUAAUCCAACAGCUAGGUAAGGUAGAGCUAUGGUUCUUUGACACUGCUCUUUGAUUGCUCUAUGAUUAUGUGAAAUUUUAAUAAAAUGCCGUUAAUACCUUUUAAGUUAUACAACGGGCGGACGGACGGAAAGACGCACAAAGUGUCAAGCAAAGUGCUCGCCCUUCGGGAAGCAUAAAAAUAAUAGUAAUAAUAAUUUGCGAUAUACGAAAAUUAGGUGAAGCAUUGCAUCAUCGUAUACAUGGCUCAUAUUUUGUUAUGUCACAUUCCACAUUUCCCGUAUUUAUCCGUUCAUCUGUACAUAGAAAAAACUAAACAAAUGCUUACACGUUAAUGUUCAUGUAAACCACUGAAAAUGAUAUGAGCCGCGCCGUGGGAAAACGAACAGAGUGCGUUUGCGACCAGCAUGGAUCAAGAUUAGCCUGCGCAUCCACGUAGUCUGGGCAGGAUUCAUACUGUUCGAUAACAGUUUGUCUAAUGGCAUUAGGCUUUGAAAGCGAACAGCAUGGAUCCUGGCCAGACUGCGCAGGCUGGUCGCAAAACCAAUAUGUUGGUUUUCUUAUGUUGCAGCUCAUAGAUUUGUUGGGUAUUGACAGUUACAGUUUAUGUUUAUUUAAGUAUUACAUCCGUAUUGAAAAAAAACUGUAAAAAAAAAACAGGAUGUUCAUUUAAAAAAAAAUGAACGUUUAUUGCACCCUACGUAGAAUAAAUUGCCUUUAUUUCUUGUAUUUGAAGCCAGUGUGAAGCAUUUGCUCACAUUUGUUCAGUCUGUGAGAUGGCCUAUUCGGAAAGAAAAAGGAACUGCAAUUAAGGGACACAUGUACUUGCAUGAACCUUAGUUUUGUCGAAAUAUCUUUUAAUUUUGUACUCGUAUAUUCUAUUUCAUUCUAUGCUAUUUUAUGAAAUACUGAGAUUUUAGUGAAAAUAAAUCCAAUAGAUUCAAAGUGAAUGAUAUUAAAUAUAUUUUUCAGUAUUUCACAGGUUGGGGAAGGUAUUAAAUUUAGCAAAUUUAGCUAUUUAUAGCUAAUAUUGCUACAUAUGGCUAAAAAGUGAACAAAAGAAAUGUAUAUUUUUCUCACCCUUGCUCAUAUUUUUAAUACGAGCAUCCUGUCACUGUGUCCAUCUAUUUUACACAAUUUUCUACACAGAACUGAUCAAUCAAGAACAACAUCUACCGAUGCAUGCAGUUAUUGUUAAUGGAGAAUUAAGCCCAGUUGUGCCAGUAACCACAACAGCCUGUAUUAAACACCUAGAGUGACUUUAAGGCUAAUGUAAAUUGAAUCAAAGUUUAACAUCCCCUGAAUGGUAGUUUUCUGCCCAUUACUAGAUCUAUUUCAAAGUAUUUUGAUAUUACAUAAAAUUUUGAUUGUUUAGCUUAUGCUACAAGUGCGCACAAUUGUCUUUAAUUGCAAUUAAUUUCAGUUAGUUAUUGUUGACACAAACACUGAACACAAAAACAACUUGUCUUAGCCUAACAACAAUGUGAUGACCAUGCAGUGUUUAUAUAUGAUAUUAAGCUGGUAGGAGGAAAUCAUGUGUAACUGUAUUACUGCAUGGAAUUUCCAUGAAAAAUGUGCAAGUUUAAAUCAUCAUUCAAUUCUUUUCACCUCCCUUGGAUUGGUUACACAUUAUACAUGCCAGCUAUAAAACAUGUUGUGUGAUAUCACAGAUCUUUCACAAAUCACAACUUUCUCAACAUAUUUUCAUAGAUGUGUUAAGAGUGCUUAGGAAAGAAGAGCUGAAAAUUAGCAAAACUGUGAAAAAUAAUGUUUGUUUUGUGUACUUAUCAGAUAAUUUACUUUGUGUGAUGCAAGGAUAAAUUGAAAUUAUUUCUGAAAAAAUGCAUCGGUAAAUAUUUUAUUUUAUUUCUCUAAAAUGUUACAAUUACCAACUUCAGUUAAUAUGCAAGUAACUAAUAUGCACCUAUUUACAGUUUAAGAGUAAUUAAUGGAAACAUGCAGUUCUUUUGUUCAAUUUUUAGCCAUAUAUAGCUAUAUUAGCUAUAAAUAGCUAAAUUAGCUAAAUUUGAUACCUUCCCCAACCUGUUUCAGUGGACUACAUUAAACAUCCGUUGUAAUAAUAACAACAUAAAUACGAGUAGCUUCGAGUGCAUCAAUAAAAAUCAUACUGAAAGCAAGUUUUCCUUAGUUUUCUGCAUCCGCCUAGCCACUAUGCGUCUAAAGGAACGAAAAUAAUAUGAUUUGGACUUACCAGUAGCUGUAUCCGAUAAUAUAUUAAAAUGUCUGUUCUGUAAGUCUUCUUGCACUAAAUUUGAAGAUUUUCGGGCAAGUUCAUGUACAACCCAACAAAAACUGUCAUUGAAUUAAUAAAUCACAACAGUAUAUUGUCAGGCGUGUAAACAAACAACCCAUUUUCUCAUUCAGUGCACAUGCAGCAUUCAUUUUCUCCAGCUGUCCGAUUUCAACUAUACUUUCAGUGAAACAUUAUCUGAUUAUCGUAAUCCGCCAUACCCUUGUAAUUUUUAACACAAAGAAAGUUUCCUUGUACACAUUUAAAUAAAAAAAACAUAAUCACUUUAUCCUAGCCAUGAAUUAAAAUAAAUCCUUUCUAAAAUGUCACAAAAUUUAUCUCCUCCCGCCGCCACUCAUGAGAAUACUACUGCUUAUUCCGUACAUCAGUGUACAUGUGUAAACACAAUUAAUAGCAUCACGAGAAUCCCGGGCUAACGAAAGUCCAAUAUCACGAAGGCGAGAAACCCGAGAAAAACGCAAUCGUGCAUUAUGAGAAAAACGUGCGUAAAAUUGUCAUGAGGAUCUACAGGGUAUUUCAUAAUCAUAUAGCAACUUUUAUUAAAUGCAUUAAUGUGAAUAAAAACCGAAUUAAUUCAAGAAUAUUUUAC